GGUAGAGUACUUCAGCCAAAAGGUGCUGCCCAUCAACACUCUUGAUGAUGCGAGGAAGAAGGAACUGCUAGCUUUUGUCACCGUACUUAAGCGUUGGCGUCACUUUCUCCUCGGGCAUCUGUGAUUCACGUGGGCAAUGGACAACAAUCCGUUGACUUAUUACAAGACGCAAGACACGGUGAGCAGCACGAUCGGUCGAUGGAUGUACUUCAUUGACCAAUUCGACUUCAAAUGCAAGCAUAUCCCAGGCUCCUCGAACAAGGCAGCGGAUGCUCUUUCGCGAAGACCCGAUCUUUGCGCCUUGGUGCACUCCACAUUCGGCCUUGACAAGAACCUGCAACAGCAUUUCGUAAACAGCUACAAGUCGGAUCCGGGAUUCUCCACACUCUAUGCGGACUUAUCAUCGGAUCACCCGCCGGCAAGCAACUAUCGCAUUGUCGACGGCUACUUGCUUCUCCAUACACGAGGCAAGGACUUGUUGUGUGUUCCCCAAGACCGCAUCUUGCGCACUCGCCUCCUUGGCGAAUACCACGAUUUGCGGCUGGCGGGACACCUUGGCGUCGCAUGCACGCUUGCACGACUCCGCCAGCGAUUCCACUGGUCGGACAUCAUCAGCGACGUGCACCGGUACAUUCAGUCAUGUGCAGUUUGCCACCGGAACAAAGGGCGCCAUCAGCUCCCAUACAGCGAACUGAAACCAUUGCCGAUUCCUCGGGAACCAGGUCUCUCCAUUGCUAUGGAUGUGACCGGUCCUUUCCCUCACGAUCGCUUUGGCCAUGAUGGUAUUCUCAUGGUCGUUGACCGUUUGAGCAAGUACGCUCGAUUUCUUCCAUGCAAGUAUCAUGCGACAGCUCCCGAGCUCGCACGACUUUUGCAUACCGGCUGGUUUUGCAGCCACAGCUUUCCAGAAGACAUCGUCAGCGACCGCGACACUCGUUUCAUGUCGGCCUUUUGGACGGCACUCAUGGUGGAAUCCAGCACCAGCAUGAAACCAAGCUCCGCACGGCAUCCUCAAACGGAUGGGCAAAAGGAACGUGCGCACCAGACUGCGCAGAUGAUGCUCCACACACUCAUCCGCCCGGAUCAGAAGGACUGUGUUAACCGCCUUCCCGACCUCGAGUUCGCCUACAACACUUCGGUGCACCCAACGAUUGGCAUGACUCCAUUUGAGUUGCAUCACGGUGUACGAAAAGGACGUAUCUUCGCAGACAUUUUGCUUCCACAGGCUGCCGAUAUCGAUGCCGCUUGCUCCCUCGCUUCUACACGGAAGAGUGCUCGAGAGGAAGCAGGAGUGCUGCCGGCGGAGCUGGAGGACAGCAAAGGAGCGUGGCGAGGGAGGAGACAGCCAUAGCCUUGGCAGGAGCACUUUGCUCCACCCCUUGGCAGGCUGGUAUCUAGGGGGACUUUGCGGCAGCGUGGUGAGUAAAAAGACUAUGUAUGAAAGCGGGACAAAAUGCUAUUUGACAAAAGGACGGAGAGUUUCGCCUCCUUACCUUUUUCCUUUCGUCAAUGAGUUGGGUGAACUUGCUUGCUAUUUUUAAAGGAUAAUCGAUGGGUGCCGUGAGAAAAGGAAUUUUGAAAACAGAAAGAGAAUCAAAGCAUAAUGAAUUU